AUGUCUGUCGUUACGCCCUCUGCUAGGGCGCGCGUCUUGGGCCAUGCACGUCGUGUGCGGCCCGCAGUUGCUCUGCGGCGCAGUCUUGCCACAGUCGCCGAUAUACCCUCAAGACCUCCCGUCGACGUAGUUGUAAUCGGAGGCGGCCAUGCAGGAUGCGAAGCCUCUGCAGCAGCGGCGCGAACCGGAGCCCGGACGAUGCUCGUCACGCCCUCACUGGACAAUCUAGGAGUAUGCAGCUGUAAUCCAUCAUUUGGUGGCAUUGGGAAAGGCACAAUGUUGCGAGAGAUUGAUGCCCUAGACGGGCUUGUCGGUCGAAUUACAGACCAGGCUGGGAUCCAAUUCAGAAUGCUGAAUCGGAAGAAGGGACCUGCAGUAUGGGGACCACGAGCACAGAUUGACCGAGCGCUCUACAAGAAAUACAUGAGGCAUGAGAUGAUAAACUAUCCUGGGUUGGAAGUGAAAGAGGGCAAGGUUGCGGAUAUCGUGGUUGACAGAUCUCCAACUGCAGCUGCAGAAGGUAGACAUGGAAAGAUCACAGGGGUCAGGUUGGAGUCGGGUGAGGUGAUUGAGACUGAAAACGUUGUGAUAACGACGGGCACAUUCCUGGGCGGUGRGAUUCACAUCGGACUCGAAGUGUUCCCUUCAGGGCGGAUGGGUGAGGCUGCUACAUUUGGUCUGUCCACGUCACUACGAGAAGCAGGCUUUAAACUUGGACGACUCAAGACUGGAACGCCACCCCGUCUGGACAGGAGAACGAUCGAUUUCUCCCAACUUGAGGUGCAGCCUGGUGAUGAGCCUCCCAUGCCGUUUUCCUAUCUCAACGAGCGUGUUGCGGUAGAAACACAACUAGACUGUCACAGCACAUACACCAACCCCAAGGCACAUGACAUUAUACGUCAAAAUCUUGACAAGAGCAUACAUAUCCGAGAGACUGUCAAAGGACCUCGAUAUUGUCCAUCGCUUGAAAGCAAAGUAUUACGAUUCACCUCCAAAGAGAGCCAUCUCAUCUGGUUGGAACCCGAGGGCUUCGACAACGAUGUUAUAUACCCGAAUGGUGUAAGCAUGACGGUCCCUGCAGAAGCACAGGAGGCUAUAUUGAGGUCCGUGGUUGGGCUGGAAAACGUGAAGAUUCUACAGCCAGGGUAUGGCGUGGAGUAUGAUUACGUCGAUCCGAGGAGCCUGAAAAGCACCCUAGAAACCAAGGCGAUUGGUGGUCUGUUUCUUGCUGGACAGAUCAACGGCACAACAGGAUAUGAAGAAGCCGCCGCGCAGGGGGUACUCGCCGGUAUCAACGCCGGAAACGCAGCUGUGGGGCGCUCAGCUUUUGUCAUGUCAAGAGCGGAUGGAUAUAUUGGCAUUAUGAUUGACGACCUCGUCACCAAAGGCGUCAGCGAACCGUAUAGGAUGUUCACCAGCAGGAGCGAGUACCGCAUGUCUGCUCGAGCAGACAAUGCAGAUUUGCGACUGACCGCGAAGGGUCGUGAGGCUGGUGUUGUUGGCGAUCACCGCUGGUCUCGGUUCCGUGAUGAAAGGGCACAGAUGGACGAGCUACGAGCAUUGCUGGAAGACAAGAAACUCAGCUCACAAUCUUGGAUUGAGCACGGCUUUCCCGUCCGAAGCGAUAGCAUCAAAAGAUCAGCAUUUGAGCUGCUCCGACAUACCAAUAUCAACACUUCAUCGCUGAUGGAGCUCAUCCCGGAGAUUUCGAGCUACUCGGAGCGCAUUCGAACUCGUCUCAGCAUCGAAGGCGUGUAUGCGCCGUACAUCACCCAACAGGAGAAUACAGCCGCAGCAUUUGCGCGUGAUGAAAGCCUCCUACUUCCGUCCAACUUGGACUAUCAAGCGAUUCACGGUCUCAGCUGGGAGGAAAAGAAGAUUCUUAGCGAGACACAGCCGGAGUCUGUAGGUCAAGCACGCAGGAUCGAAGGCGUCACUCCCUCGGGUGCACUUAAUUUACUGGCUCAUGUGAGGGGAACUUGGAAGAGGGAGAAGUUGUUGAAAGAAACGAUGGAGUCAUUGCCUCCAGGGAAGGAGGCCGAGACACUAGCCUGA